AUGGCGAAGUUUAAGAUGAAACUCCACCAGCAUUGGUUGUUUUUUGUUUUGUUUCUUCCUUUAUCAGGUAUUUUUUGUUUCAGCGAGUUAUCCUUCAUCACAGAGCCCAGUGAUGUAACCUUACUACCAAAGGACUCUGCAGUGUUGGACUGUCAGGCUCAUGGGCUGCCUCCAGUCACUAUCAAGUGGCUAAGAAAUGGAGUUCAGCUGACAGAAAGUGAGCACAUACAAUUUCUGCCCAACGGCUCCUUGUACAUACCAAAGAUAAAACAUACCAAGGAGGAUUCAGAUGAAGGAUUCUACCAGUGCCUCUCCCAAAACAAAUAUGGAGCUAUCCUAAGCCAAAGAUCACGUCUGACUAUCGCAAGUAUCUCAGAGUUUGUAUUGCAUCCUGUGCCUAUGGUCGUGACUGAGGGUUCAGUGGCCCGAUUCACCUGUGCCGUCACCUCCAGCCCUGUGGCCACCAUCACCUGGGAGCUCAACCAAAGCGCAUUACCUCUUAAAACAGACAGAAUCACAGUUUUGCCUAACGGAGUUCUUCAGAUCCACAAUGUUCAACUGGAAGACGCUGGACCGUAUCAAUGUGUGGCAACUAACAUCGGUAGUCGUUUGAAGAGUAAAGAGGCCACACUGACAGUCAGCCAAGGUGCUGGCCCUAAACCACGUCAGAGGCCCAAAAUCAUUGCAGGACCUCAGAAUGUCUCAGUUUCUCUUCACCAAACGGUUGUGCUGGAGUGUGUGGCCACAGGCAAUCCCUGCCCCAUCAUCUCCUGGAGCCGCGCUGACAGUAAACCCAUUGAUGUGUACAAUGCUAAAGUGCUGGGCAAUGGGAACCUUGUUAUUGCUGAUGUCAACUCCAAGCACAGUGGAGUGUACCUCUGCAGGGCCACCACCCCUGGAACCCGCAACUACACUCUUGCUGCAGCCAACAUCACAGUACAAGUGCCACCAUCCAUAGUCGAGAAGCCUGAGAGCCAGACCCGUCCAAGAGCAGGCACCGCCCGGUUUAUGUGCCAAGCAGAGGGAGUGCCUUCGCCACGCAUCAGCUGGCUAAAGAAUGGAGAAAAGGUUCACUUAAAUGGGAGGAUUAAGAUGUACAACAGUAAAUUGGUGAUAACUCAGAUCAUCCCAGAGGAUGAUGCCAUCUAUCAGUGCAUGGCAGAGAAUGAUCAGGGCUCUGUGCUGUCCUUGGCUCGCCUUAUUGUUGUCAUGUCCGAGGACAGGCCCAGUGCACCAAGAAAUAUCCACGCUGAGACCAUUUCCAGCUCUGCUAUCUUACUGGCCUGGCAGAGACCUCUCUACAAUGCAGACAAAGUCAUUGCCUACUCCAUCCAUUAUAUGAAGGCUGAAGGUCUAAACAACGAAGAAUACCAAAUUGUCAUUGGCAACGACACAACCAGUUAUAUAAUCGAUGACCUGGAGCCAGCUCGAAACUACACCUUUUACAUCGUGGCUUAUAUGCCAAUGGGAGCCAGUCGUAUGUCAGACCAAGUCAGUCAACAUACCCUGGAGGAUGUGCCUUUACGUACCCCAGAGCUGAGUCUGACCAGCCACAGCACCACAGAUAUUCAGGUGACCUGGCAGCCACUGCCCGCCAAGUUGAGCCGCGGUCGGUUGUCUGCAUACAGACUUUCUUAUCGCACGGCUGCGGACAGCACUGUCAUCUCUGUGGAGAUACCUCAGAACAGCACUGAAUAUCUGCUCGAAGACCUUCAGCCUGACACCAUCUACCUGCUCCGCAUGGCUGCAGCCACCCGUGUGGGCUGGUGUGAGCCUCCUACAUGGACCUCACAUCGUACACCUAAGACCUCCAGCAGCAAAGUGCCUUCAGCCCCUACACUUCAACUUGAGCCGCUUAACUGCACCUCCAUUAUGGCUCGCUGGGAAACCUCCCCACAGUCUGUGGCUGUCCAGGGUUACCGGCUGUGUUAUCAUGAGGAAGGCCAACCAGAGCAGCCCAUCAUCCAGCUGCAGGCUCAAAACUACACCUACACCAUCAGUGGCCUUGAUCCAAGGAGAAAGUAUCAUGUGAAGAUUCUAGCUGUCAGUCAAGCUGGUGAUGGCUAUCAGACAGACCAAACAGUUAGCACCCCGGGAUGUUUGUCGGCUAGAGACCAACUGGCAACAGCCCCUCCAUCUCCAGAUCAUGUGAAUGUCUUGGCCACCAACUCUUCUUCAGUGUCUCUGCGCUGGGGCCGCCCUGCUUUCUCGCCUGGAAAAGCUGUCAGCUAUACAGUCCGUUGUACACCUGUGGGCACCCACAACGCCUCUGCUAUACGCUAUCUGCAAACCACCAGACAAAAUGUGAUUGUUCAGAAUUUGGAGCCAAACACUCGCUAUGAGUUUGUUGUGCGUCUUCAUGUGGACCAGAUGUUGAGUCCUUGGAGUUCUGUUGUUUACCAUCGGACUUUGCAAGCAGCACCAGGUCAACCACCUGAAGGAGUGCGAGUCACUAUGAUCGAGGAUGACACCGCUCUGGUGUCCUGGAGAGAGCCCACUGAGCCCAACGUAGCGGUGACACGCUACACCAUCCUGUACGCUUCCCAGAAGGCCUGGAUGGCUGGACACUGGCAGAUAUUGCAGAGAGAGGGGAGCCACACAAUGGCCUUGCUGGAGAAGCUGGAGGCGGGAAACCUCUACCUGGUGAAAAUAUCUGCUUCCAACCAGGUGGGUGACGGGCCUUUCUCUCAGAUCGUGGAGCUGGCACUGAAGAAUGGAAAAAACCACCGCAGCAGCAAGAAUCCCAGGCACUCUGACAACUUUGCGGAUACAACAGUCUACUCUGAUGGUCUCUACCACAUAGACCAGAGGUCCAUGACAGGGAUCAUUGUUGGAGUGAGCAUCGCCUUGUCCUGCAUUGUAAUUUGUGCCUUAAUCCUCAUCAGUAAGGGAAGACCAAGAAAAUCCUCUAGUCCCAAAGUCCUUGCUGUAGGAGCUGCUGGAGGUCCACAUGCUGGUUUGUCCCUGCCCAACGAACACCAUAUAGACAAUGUUGAGGCCAUUAUACCCAUGAUCAGUCACCACUUUCUAGAAGCCAAGGUUGGAUCUAAUAUUGUCCUAAACAGUGGCGGUCCAAUCAACAAGAGUAAAAGCAAUAGAUGGCUGCUCUUCAAGAGGGAGAUGAGGAAUACAUCUGAAAGUGAUGCUGAGAGGAGAGCCAGUUUUUACGAGGCUGGAAAAACAGUUUUGAGGUAUGAGGAACAUUUAGGUUCAGCGCCCCUGCCGCCUUCAUCCCGCGAGAUCAUAUUCGGUCCUUACCACUCGGAAAGUUCUCACACCAGUGAGAGCAGCCAGGGGACAGGAGACUCGGGACACUACUCCAAUGAAGAAAGCAACGAAGAAUUGAGCAACCCUUCUACCAGCCAAAGCUCCAGACCUGAAUCUUUUGGGCCGGAAGAUGUUCCAACUGUUGCUGAGCUGAAGCAGUCUUUUUCAGUGGAAAAUGAGGAGAUGCUGAGCCAUCCCCUCCAUCACUCCGCCCCUGAUGCAACCCGACGCUGCUCCAAAGAGGGCUCUUAUCCUGCCCUGCACUCAUCCCAGGACGUUGGCUCCUGA